AAACGUUGCCUCCUUACUUUCCUAUUCCUAUUAUUAUUAUUAUAUUAUUAUUAUUUGAAAAAUCCAAGGAAGACUUCAACUCUACUAGUAGAGGGAGGAGUUUGGGGUGGAGAAUAAUGCUGAGGCUAUAUACGUACGAAGUAUGUAUCUAGACGAACCUGAAAACCUUGAGAAAUAUCAUUCUAAGAAAUCGAGAUCAUGGAUUCCGAAGGGAGCAGCGGUGAUGAAUAUGACGAUCAAGCUUACUAUGAAGACGAUGACUACGACAACGCUGAUUUCGAAACCGAUAGAAUUCCAUCAUGCAAGGUGAUCACCAAAGACUCUCUUUUGACAGCACAGAAAGAGGACUUGCAAAGAGUACAAGACUUGCUAUCGAUUAAGGAACAUCAUGCGCGAACCUUACUUAUCCACUAUCGUUGGGAUGUCGACAAGGUUUUAACAAUCUUCGUGGAGAAAGGGAAGGAAAGCUUAUACGCUGAAGCUGGUGUAACAGUAGAAUGCAAAGAUGAUACUUCCUUAUAUGAGUCUACUGUGGACAUGACAUGUGGAAUAUGCUUUGAUGAUAUUCCCGCUGCAAAUGUAACAAUAAUGGAUUGUGGCCAUUCAUUUUGCAAUGAUUGUUGGACAGAGCAUUUCAUGGUGCAAAUAAAUGAGGGUAAGAGUAAGCGCAUAAAGUGCAUGGCCUACAAGUGUAACGCUAUUUGUGAUGAAGGAAAGAUUAGGGAUCUGGUUGGUGAGAGGGAUCCGGAUCUGGCAGGGAAAUUUGAACGUUUUCUUUUGGAGUCAUACAUUGAUGAUAACAAGAUGGUCAAAUGGUGUCCUAGCAUACCACAUUGCGGGAAUGCAAUCCGUAUUCAGGUUGAUGAGUGUUGUGAUGUUGAAUGUGAAUGUGGCCUGCAGUUUUGUUUUCGUUGCUCCUCCGAAACGCAUUCACCCUGCUCGUGUCUGAUGUGGGAGAUGUGGAUGAAGAAGUGCAGUGAUGAUUCUGAGACAGUGAAUUGGAUUUCGGCCUAUACGAAAGAUUGCCCAAAAUGCAAGAAACCUGUAGUGAAAAAUGGGGGAUGCAACCUUGUGCAAUGCAUAUGUGGACAACCAUUUUGUUGGCUUUGUGGUGGUGCUACUGGUGUGAAGCACACGUGGCAAACUAUUGACGGCCACACUUGUGGCCGCUACAAAGAAAACCAGGAAGAAGACAUUGCAAAUGCAAAAAAGAAGCUACUGCGGUACACUCACUACUACAACCGUUACAAAGCUCAUACUGAUUCCUUGAAGGCAGAAGCAGGUCUGGAGCAAAGGUUGCAGCAAAAGGUUUUAAAUCUUGAAUCAAGGGUAUUGUUGAGUUUAAAAGACUUCAGCUGGGUGAUGAAAGGGUAUUAUAGGCUUUUCCAAUCGAGACAGAUACUCUCACAUUCCUAUCCAUUUGCAUAUUACAUGUUUGGUGAAGAACUGGUUGAGAAUGAAAUGACUCAGAGAGAACGAGAAAUAAAACAAAACCUUUUUGAGGACCAGCAACAGCAGCUUGAAACCAAUACCGAGAGGCUCUCAAUGUUUUUGGAAACCCAGUUUGAUGAAUUCCCAGAAAAUAAGGUUGUCGAGAUGCGGCUCAAGAUCGUCACUCUCUCGGCUGUUAUUGAUAAUUUCUGCAAAAAAUUGUAUGAAUGCAUCGACAACGAUUUACUGGUUCAUCUUCGGUUCAACCACACCAUCUCUCCUUAUCAAUCAAGUGGUGCAGUGAAAGCCUCAGAGCUAGCGGGUGAUUUCCAAAGGAUGUCAACUUUUAACUGGAGUAUUUUUACACAAACAUAAUUUGACCACUCGACUACUCGAGUAGUCCAGUUUGUAACGAGACCGACACUCUUGGCUUCACAAUAUAAAUGAAUGGAUAUAAGCUUAUACUGCUCCUAUAGCAUGAUUAGAUUUAAGUCGUACUCGGCAUU